AUGGAGGUUCUUGGCAGCCGCGGCCUCCUGGCGCCUCCUCUUCUCGGGGCUCUGCUGCAUUUUCUUCUUCUUGCAUUGGCCGGCGGCGCAGAAGCCUGGGCUCACCACGGCUCCGCCGGUUUCGCCGGCGGAGUUCCCGAGCGCCGGUACAGGGAUCUCGCGGCGGGGAGGGUGGCGAGCGUCAGAUCUUCCUUCGGCGCGGCCAGGAGGGGGCUUGCCACGUCCACGGCGUCGCGGGUUUACCACGUGACGGACUACGGCGCCGACCCAACCGGUGCAGUGGACGCAACGGCGGCCAUCAAGAAGGCCAUCGCCGACGCCUUCAGCCUGCCCUCCAACGCCACCAUGACCGGUGGCAUCCCUGACCUCGGCGGCGCCGAGAUCCACCUCGACGGCGGCACCUACCUCGUCAACGGGCCGCUCACCCUGCCGGCCUCUGGCGGCGGCAACUUCAAGAUCUACGGCGGUUCGCUGCGGGCGUCGGCGGAGUUCCCGACUGACCGGUACCUGAUCGAGCUGUCGGCCGGGUCGUCGUCCUCCUCGGGAAUCUACCACUACGAGUUCGUCACCCUCCGCGACCUGAUGCUGGACUGCAGCUACCGCGGCGGCGGCGUCAGGGUGGUGGACUCGCUCCGGGUGAGCAUCGACAACCUCUACGUCACCCACUUCGGCACCGACGGCAUCGCGGUGCGCGGCGGGCACGAGACGUACAUCCGCAACACGUUCCUGGGCCAGCACAUGACGGCGGGCAGCGACGCCGGCGAGCGCGCCUUCACGGGGACGGGCAUCCGGCUGGACGGCAACGACAACUCGGUGGCCGACGUGGUGGUGUUCUCGGCGGGCACGGGGAUCAUGGUCACCGGCGGCGCCAACACCAUCUCGGGCGUGCACUGCUACAACAAGGCGUCCGGCUUCGGCGGCACCGGCAUCUACCUCAAGGUGCCGGGGCUCACCCAGACGUGGCUCACCAACUGCUACAUGGACUACACCAGCAUCGUCGCCGAGGACCCCGUGCUGCUGCACGUCUCGGGGUCCUUCUUCCUCGGCGACGCCAACGUGAUUCUCAAGGCGGUCAAUGGCGUCGCCCGGGGCGUGCAGAUCACCGGGAACAUGUUCAACGGGAGGGGCAAGGGCGUGGACAUCGUGCAGCUCGACGGCGCGUUCAAGACGGUGGAGCAGGUCUACGUGCAGCAGAACUCCGCCAUGGGGAUGAACGUCAAGGCGACGGCGGCGAGGGGCUCGGCGGAGGGCAACGGGAGCGAGUGGACGGUGGACUUCGCGCCCGUGCUGCUCUUCCCAGACCGGAUCGGCCACGUGCAGUACUCGCUGGUCGCCGGCGACGCGUUCCCGGGGCACACGCUCAGGAACGUGUCCGGCAACCAGGUCGUCGUCGCCACGGACAAGGCCGUCUCCGCCACCGUGCACGUGCUCGUCGACCAGAACAGCAACUGAUGAGAAAUGCUGCCCGCUGCAUGCUGCCUGCUGCCGAUUUGCGUGGGAGCAAGGCGUCAUUCAUUUGUUCUUAGACAAUUUUAUGAAUGGGCCGGCCAACCUAGGUGGGGUGGCGAGGUCACUUCAUAUGUUCUUGCGAUUUAUCGUGGCACAUUGGUGUCACUGGCAGAGAGAGCGUAAUAGCUAGUCAGAGAAUGAUUCAGAAUGGAUCAUUUUGGCGUUCACCUCACUUAUCCAAAAUAUAA